CUCCUUCCUCCCCGCUGCUGGCCGCUCUCCAAAACCACGGCCCCCAUCGCCCUCCUCCUCCUCCUCCUGCAAUCACCCGCAGCUUCGCAGCACCUUCUUCCUCCUCCCUCAGACACACACACCACCAUCCUCUGCCGUUUCUUCCAUUGGAUGUGAAUGGAAGGUCGGAGGACACUGGAAUGUAGGGCCGGGUAAAGAAAAGGAGCAAGAAACGGCAGCAGAGACCCCCCUGCCGCCGCGCCCGCCUGAAAUCUCUCCCUCCGCCUUUACUCGCCGGGAGCCCCGGGCCUGAUCUGAUCCGAUCUGAUUCGGAGUGAUUUCCGGGCGCCUCGUUUUCUAGCCGCCCGCUCCCCCCGGAGGCCAGAGCCGUGAGCUCCGCCGACGGGGAGAAUAGAAAUGAAGAGCCUGCAGUGCUUCAAGCAGGGCGGCGGGGAUGGCGCGGGGAGGCGGCUGGAGCGGCGGCUGUCGCUGGGGGACUACAAGAAGGCGGUGUCCUGGUCCAAGUACCUGGUGGCGCCGCCGGGGGCCAAGAUCCGGGGCGGCGGCGAGGAGCUCUGGAGCGCCGACCUCUCCAAGCUCCAGAUCCGCGCGCGCUUCGCCUCCGGCCGCCACAGCCGCGUCUACUCCGGCCGCUACAACGGCCGCGAGGUCGCCAUCAAGAUGGUCAGCCAGCCCGAGGAAGACGCCGCGCUCGCCGCCGAGCUCGAGCGCCAGUUCGCCUCCGAGGUCGCGCUCCUCCUCCGCCUCCGCCACCACAACAUCCUCUCCUUCGUUGCAGCAUGCAAGAAACCACCAGUGUUCUGUAUCAUCACUGAGUACAUGGCAGGGGGUUCCCUUAGGAAGUAUCUACACCAGCAAGAGCCUCAUUCAGUCCCCAUCGAACUAGUUCUGAAACUAGCUCUAGACAUUGCCCGUGGGAUGAGCUACCUGCACUCACAGGGGAUACUCCAUAGGGACCUGAAGUCAGAGAACGUGCUUCUCGGGGAAGAUAUGUCCGUCAAAGUGGCGGAUUUCGGGAUCUCAUGUUUGGAGUCGCAGUGCGGUAGCGGCAAGGGGUUUACGGGGACCUAUCGGUGGAUGGCUCCUGAAAUGAUCAAGGAGAAAAACCAUACUAGAAAAGUCGAUGUGUACAGCUUUGGGAUCGUCUUGUGGGAGAUUUUAACUGCUUUGGUUCCAUUCAGCGAGAUGACACCUGAGCAGGCUGCUAUAGCUGUCGCCCUCAAGAAUGCGAGGCCACCGCUACCUGCUUCGUGCCCUGUGGCCAUGAGCCAUCUGAUAUCUCAGUGCUGGGCGACAAACCCGGAAAGAAGACCUCAGUUUGACGAUAUCGUCAUGGUCCUCGAGGGCUACAAGGAAGCGCUUGACAACGACCCGUCAUUCUUCCUGUCAUACAUACCGCCUCCGCCGCAACACCACCCGCAGCACCAGCAGAGCCUUCUCCGGUGCUUCCCUCGGGUGAAAUCAAUGCGACGGUCCGCUUCUCUCAAGGCAUGAUGUCUGCGGGCGGUGCUCCUCCUUCAUCCUCGCCAUGUAUAAUAUGCACCUUUCUCUGAGUUUCUUCCUCUCUAUGUGCCGGCCCUCUAUUAUUGCGGCAUCUAGGCUCGCUCCAAUUUCGUUUUUCCUUUCUUCUUGGUUAUUAUGAUUGCCAUCAUUGAUGAUGCCGUCGAAGCCGCCGUGCGUUUCUAUCUAGAUAUGACAAAGCAGUUCUCCCUGCAGAUUAUCUAUCGGCUGCCGUCUACUUGUGACCGAGUGAUGGAACCAUGAACUAGCUAGCUUUUGUAAUUGUAAUUAUAACUGAGCUCUUCAUGAAUCGUGUUCCUACUCUUU